UGCCAACUUAGUUGGACUAACUAGAGAAUUGUGGGAUAGCAGGGAUUGCCGUCGCUGAAAGAGAUGAAGAGAUUGGGGCGUGCCGGCGGAGUCUCACUCUCAUCAUCCUCAUCGGUGUAUUCGAAUUUCAGUCCCUCCGUUGACGCUGACCAGGACCUCCCCACAUACGAUCCCCGCUCCCAUGUUGCUCAGAAGGAGCUCUCUCGUCUCAGAUCUGCCCACAACGCAAUCCACGCCAUCCCCCUUCUCCUUCUUCUCUGCGCUCUCAUCCUCUGGUUUUUCUCCGCUCCAGGCGACAGAAUUUGACGGUUGAUUGCAGCCUUGGGUAACAUCUCAUGAAAAAUAACCUGAUAUAGAACUGGAGCGCGGAAAAGAUGGGUUUAUCUGAAUAGCAUCGGAAAUUCACAAAAUUGGACGAAAGGAAGCGCAUAUUCAUUUCGUCAAAUGACUGUUGUUCCAAUUUUGAUUGUAUCUAAUAAUAGCCAGGAUCUAUUCAAUUGUGACCAUCAAGCACAAAGAAAAAAGAGUCAGCAUGAUAAUCCUUGAAUGAAAACCCAGUAGAACUAGUAUCAGGCUUUUUGGACAUGCUGUGAUGUUUCCUGCAUUGUAAAUGAUAACUUCUUUUACACUUUGAUGGUUGUGAUCCAAGUAAUAGUAGAUCUAUUGCUUUGGGAUCAGGAGGAAAAAGCUUAACUCUUGAUCGUUUGCUUGUACCGUGUUGCGGCGUUUCUCGUGAUGUACUGCUUGGUGACGGCGGAAAGAGCCACUUCUAGCUCCAAUUGACCAUAUGGUGUGUGGCUAUGGGUGAAGUUAGUUUUACAAUGCUGAACA